UCUUCUAUGAUGUCUCAGUCGGAGGUCACUAAACUCACUCUGAUGGGACGACAUGACGCUCAACAUAAGAGGUCAAUCCAGCAGAGAGCAGACUCUCUCGUGCCCAGCUGUCUGUCCAUGAAGACAGACCGCUCCAUGGAUCACCCAAUGAAUUUUAAAACAAAACAAGAGUUUCCUAAUGGAAGGCCAAUGAGGCAAAGAUCAGAAUCCCUACCCAGCUGUCUGUCCAUGAAGACGGACCGCUCCAUGGAUUACCCAAUGAAUUUUAAAACAAAACAAGAAAUAGACAACCAGGAGUAUUUCAAGCCUCAGUCUGUCCAGGAGCAUCAAACAGACAUUGGCUCCAUAUUUAUGCUUCUUGAGAAGAACAUCAUCACAUUUGUGAGGACUGAAUUAAAGAGGUUCCUGAGACUUCUGAGUCCAGAACAACCAGAAUGCCUUGGGAAUCAGAGGGAGGACGAGGAAGUGGUAGAUGAGGAGGAAGAGCAGAGGAGGAGGAGCAGAGAGGCAUUUCUGAAAAUCACAGUGGACUUCCUGAGGAGACUGAAGCAGGACGAGCUGGCUGACUGUCUGCAGAGCAAAACUCGUACUGCAGUAUGCCAACGCAAACUGAAGUCUGACCUGAAGGAGAAGUUCCAGUGUGUGUUUGAGGGCAUUGCCAAAGCAGGAAACCCAACCCUUCUGAACCAGAUCUACACAGAGCUCUACAUCACAGAGGGAGGGACGGCAGAGGUCAAUGAUGAACAUGAGAUAAGACAGAUUGAAACAGCAUCCAGGAAACCAGACAAACCAGAAACAACAAUCAGACAAGAAGACAUCUUUAAACCCUCACCUGGAAGAGAUAAACCAAUUAAAACAGCGAUGACAAAGGGAGUGGCUGGCAUUGGGAAAACAGUCUUAACACAGAAGUUCACUCUGGACUGGGCUGAAGACAAAGCCAACCAGGACAUACAGUUCACAUUUCCAUUCACUUUCAGAGAGCUGAAUGUGCUGAAAGAGAAAAAGUUCAGCUUGGUAGAACUUGUUCAUCACUUCUUUACUGAAACCAAAGAAGCAGGAAUCUGCAGGUUUGAAGAGUUCCAGGUUGUGUUCAUCCUUGACGGUCUGGAUGAGUGUCGCCUUCCUAUGGACUUCCACAACACUGAGAUCCUGACUGAUGUUACAGAGUCCACCUCAGUGGAUGUGCUGCUGACAAACCUCAUCAGGGGGAACCUGCUUCCCUCUGCUCACCUCUGGAUAACCACACGACCAGCAGCAGCCAAUCAGAUCCCUCCUGGGUAUGUUGACAUGGUGACAGAGGUCAGAGGGUUCACUGACUCACAGAAAGAGGAGUACUUCAGGAAGAGGUUCAGAGAUGAGGAGCAGGCCAGCAGAAUCAUCUCCCACAUCAAGACAUCACGAAGCCUCCACAUCAUGUGUCACAUCCCAGUCUUCUGCUGGAUCACUGCUACAGUUCUGGAGGAUGUGUUGAAGACCAGAGAGGGAGGAGAGCUGCCCAAGACCCUGACUGAGAUGUACAUCCACUUCCUGGUGGUUCAGACCAAACUGAAGAACAUCAGGAAUGAUGGCGGAGAUACACACUGGAAUCCAGAGAGCAGGAACAUGAUUGAGUCUCUGGGAAAACUGGCUUUUGAGCAGCUGCAGAAAGGCAACCUGAUAUUCUAUGAAUCAGACCUGACAGAGUGUGGCAUCGAUAUCAGAGCAGCCUCAGUGUACUCAGGAGUGUUCACACAGAUCUUUAAAGAGGAGAGAGGACUGUACCAGGACAGGGUCUUCUGCUUCGUCCAUCUGAGUGUUCAGGAGUUUCUGGCUGCUCUUCAUGUCCAUCUGACAUUCAUAAACUCAGCAGUCAAUCUGCUGUCGCAGCACCAGUCGUCUGUUUCGUGGUUUAAAUUAUUCCAAAAUAAGAAAAACCUGUACCAGAGUGCUGUGGACAUGGCCUUAAAGAGUCGAAAUGGACACCUGGACUUGUUCCUCCGCUUCCUCCUGGGUCUUUCACUACAAAUCAAUCAAAAUCACUUACAAGGCCUGCUGACAUACAAAGGAAAUGGCUCAAACACCGAUCAGGUAAUGGUUGAUUACAUUAAGAAGAAGAUCAAAAAGACUCCCUCUGCAGAGAGAAGAAUCAAUCUGUUCCACUGUCUGAAUGAACUGAAUGAUUGUUCUCUAGAGGAAGAGAUCCAAGAGUCCCUGAAAUCAGGAAGUCUCUUUGAAAAUAAACUGUCUCCUGCUCAGUGGUCAGCUCUGGUCUUCAUCUUACUGUCAUCAGAAAAAGAUCUGGAUGUGUUUGACCUGAAGAAAUACUCUGAUUCAGAGGAGGCUCUUCUGAGGCUCCUGCCGGUCGUCAAAGCCUCCAAAAGAGUUCUGUUGAGCGGCUGUAAGUUAUCAAAGAAAGGAUGUGAAGCUCUGUUCUCAGUUCUUAACUCUAAGUCCUCUCUGAGAGAGCUGGACCUGAGUAACAACAACCUGCAGGAUGAAGAAAUGAAGCUGCUGUGUUCCGGACUGGAGAGUCCACACUGUAGACUGGAGAUACUCAGGCUGAGAGUGUGUAACCUGUCAUGGAGAAGCUGUGAAGCUCUGUGCUCAGUCCUCAGCUCUAAGUCCUCUUGUCUGAGAGAGCUGGACCUGAGUAACAAUGACCUGAGUGAUGAAGGAGUGAAGUGGCUGACUGCUGCACUGAAGAGUCUAAACUGUGCACUGAAAACACUCCGAUUAUCUGGCUGUUUGAUUACGCAGGAAGGCUGUGCUGCACUGGCCUCAGCUCUGAACUCCAACCCCCCCCAUCUGAAAGAGCUGGAGCUUAGCUACAACUAUCCUGGAGACUCAGGAGUGAAACUGUCUGGACUGAAGGAUUCUGGGAGACUGGAAACUCUGAGUUUGGAGCCACAUGGAGUUUGCUGGCUGAAACCAGGUCUGAGGAAGUAUGCCUGUGAGGUCUCACUGGACUUGAACACAGCCAACAGAUUUGUCCGACUGUCUGACAGCAACAGAAAGGCAACAAUGGAGAUAGAGAAGCAGUCUUAUACUGAUCAUCAAGAUAGGUUCGACCACUGCAAACAGGUGCUGGGCAAACAAGGUGUGACUGGUCGCUGUUACUGGGAGGUGGAAAGGAAGGGAGAGGUUUUUAUUGGAGCUGCAUACAGAGGCCUGAAGAGGAAAGGGAAGAGUGACGACUGUCUGCUGGGAAUGAACGAUGAGUCCUGGAGUGUUUUCUGCUCUGAUAAAAGUGACUUCAAUGACUGGAACGAUGACCGCAGAGCAGUAGUCUUCUCUCCCUUUUACUCAAACAGAGUAGCAGUGUUUGUAGACUGUCCUGCUGGGACUCUGUCCUUCUAUAGAGUCUCUGAUGAUUCACUGAUCCACCUCCACACCUUCAAGAACACCUUCACUAAACCUCUGUAUCCUGCCUUUGGAUUCAGUGUGUGGUCGGCUGGAUCAUCUGUGACUCUGCGGCGGAUAGAGAAGAGAUAGUCAUCAGUGUUGGGGGUAACCAUCGACAUAUAAAAGAUUGAUGUUGUAGGGUCAAAGGAGACCUUUAAAAAUGAACUAGUUCAUUUGGUGUGGUUAACUGGACUUUUAUUGUGACGGGUCACUUCCUGUGACCUCAUUCGGUAACCUGAUGCAACUUGAUGACACGUGAUGUCCAGGUGAUAAAUUCCUGACAUGGCGUUGCUCUUCUUCUGCUCUGGCCCUAAAAAUACUAUUUUACCUAAUGGAGUGCUGAGGAUGAAAUAAACAUCUCCUCUGAGGGAAGAAGCUGUACUUAAAUGUUCAAUGUCUGAUUUCUGCCACUAGGGUCUCUCACAUAAUAACAGUAAUAUAAGACAAAGUUUGGUGACGUUGUGAAGCAGCAUGGGAUCAUGGUAGUUGUUGUCUUUACCACUGUUGCCGUCAUUGCACCAUUAAUUUAUAACAGAUGUAUAUCUUUGACAUUAAUCUUGUGACAUCCAAUAAUUCCCAGAGAGCUCCUGAUUGUCCCAUACAGUCUUGAGAACUGGUGAAACACAUACGUGUUGCCUUACAAAUCACCAGAACUGCCUUUUUUCACCACAAAAACAUCACCCGACUCCGCCCAUCACUUUCUUUCUCCGCUGCAGAAACCCUCAUCCACACCUUCAUCACCUCCAGAAUCGAUUAGUGCAACAGCAUCCUCUACAGCACACCAUCCAAAACCUUAAAUAAACUCCAGUACAUCCAGAACUCUGCUGCUCGUCUGCUCACCCACACCCGCGACCACAUUACCCCUGUCCUCCAGAACCUCCACUGGCUCCUGGUCCCUCAACGUAUUCAGUUCAAAAUCCUAAAGCCCUCCAUAACCAGGCCCCUUCUUUCCUCACUGACCUGCUGCAUCACCACAACCCAUCCCGAAGCCUCCGCUCAUCCCAUGCAAACCUCCUGACUCCACCACCCAGGACCAAGCACCGAACCUGGGGCAACAGAGCCUUCUCUGUAGCUGCCUCCUCCCUCUGGAACUCUCUCCCCAAACACAUCCGUGACUGCACCGACCUUCCAACAUUCAAAUCUCGGACAAAAAGUCACCUUUUUAAAAUUGCUUUUAAUGUUUAGCUUAGUCUGAUGUGUUUUUAGUGUUUUACUAUUUGAUGUUUGUUUUGCUGUUUUUAUGUAAAGUGUCUUUGAGUAUUUAGAAAAGUGCUUAUAAAUAAAAUGUAUUAUUAUUAUUAUUAUUAUUACAAAGUCCAAGAUCUAUUAUAUAAAAUCAUACCAAGAUAUACAGUAAACAGAAAGAUGUAACCAGAUUACAGUUACAUUUACUAAAAAUGAUUUAGGAUUCGAUUUUAAAAUAUGUCUUGCAGACAUUUGUGCUAUUUUUGAUGCUAAAAAUCUUAAAAUGUUUUGUUUCCAUCUUCUUUUCAAAGGUUACAUUGUCUGUUUUACUUUUUACACUUAUCUUAAUGCUUAUUUAUAUUUAGUUUCUCUUGUUUUUAUUUACAUAUGUGAUGUUGAGGUAAUCCAAAAGUAACCCUGUCCAACCCUGCAUGUGGCAAUAUUUUGGCCUGAUUUUCAGUUUAUUUUGGAAAAUAAAUUUAACGUAAAUAACAUAA